AUAUUUGGAGUUACGAUGGUACAACUGUAUAAGUAACACGUGCUAUUCAAAAUUCACCUCCAUCAACAAAUCUUCCAAAUAAUAUUAUUAAUAAUGUUAUAAAAAACUUUUCUACUUUACUUGAUCAUUAUUAAAAAUGUUAUUAAGAAGUUUGUUACAAAAUUGUAUUUUUGUAUUACAUCAAACACGAAUUAAAAUAAAUUACAGUCAAUUAAAAAAAAUUCAUCUUGAUACAACUGCCGAUUUCACUGGAGUUAGUGUUGGAAAAAUUAAAAAGUUAUUACGUUCUCAUAAUGUAAAUAUCAAUGAAGGUUACGCUUGUAUAACUGUUUCAUGUCCUAUCUGUAAUAUCAGUCAUUCUCAACAAAAUGAUUCAAAAAUAUUCAUCAAUAAAACAACAGGUUUUUUCUUAUGUCCAAAUUGCAGUCAUAGUGGAUCCUGGGAUCAACUGGAAAGUUUUUUUCAGCCAAAAAAUAAGUUAACUACUAAUGAAUUUGAACAAUUAAAAAAAACUCUUACUGUAGAAAGCGAUUUUACAUUACAAUGGCAACAAAUUAAAAAAGCUUGUCAAAAUGUCUCAAAACUACCCGGUGAUGAAUUUCAGAAUAUUAUUCAACGUUUUGCACUUCCUUCAAUCACCCAAGAACAUAUGAAACAACUUGAUUGUUAUUAUGACUCAUCAUUAUCAUCUUUAUAUUUUCCACUUACAUCAACAAAAAAUGGACGAGUAAUGGGUUACAAAAUUCUUCCAUCAGAUUCAACUCUUCCUGAAUCAACGAUUCCCAAUCUUAAAGCCAAUGGUUUAAUUACUUACGUUGAAAAAAGAACUAAACACGAGAAUGCUUCUGCAGUACUAGUGGCUACUAUUCACGAUCUUUUGGCAUUGAUAUGUAAUAAGUCGACAAAUAUUGUUAUAUGUUUACCAUAUGGACUUAAACACGUACCACUUCAAAUAUUACCUUAUUUAGAAGUAUAUAAAAAACUAAUUCUAUGGUUUGAUAAUGACAAUGCUAGUUGGGAUUCUGCUCGUCAUUUUUCGAAAAAAUUGAAUGAAAAGAGAUGUUUUUUCGUUCGGCCUACUCAACGUCAACCAAAACCGAAAGUAGCAUCGGACAAAGGUUAUAAUUUAAAAAACAUCAUCAACGAAGCUCAACCAAUUUGGCACAAAAGUAUUACCAAUUUUAGUUCAUUAAGAAAAGAUGUUUUGAGUGAUUUAGAAAAUGUUGAUAAAGUGCAAGGUGUUAAAUGGACAAGAUUUCCGACAUUGAAUCGCAUUUUAAAGGGCCAUCGUCGGGGAGAAUUGACUAUUUUGACUGGUCCUACCGGUAGCGGUAAAACAACUUUUAUGAGUGAGUAUUCACUUGAUCUUGCAAUGCAAGGUGUUAAUACCUUAUGGGGUAGUUUUGAAAUACGGAAUGCCAGGCUAGCAAAAACCAUGCUUCAACAAAUGGCAGGAGUACCUUUAGAUGCUAAUUUACAUAACUUUGAUAAUUUUGCUGACGCUUUUGAGCAACUUCCUAUUUAUUUUAUGACGUUUCAUGGUCAACAAAAUGUUGAUGUUGUUAUGGAUGCUGUUGAACAUGCCACAUACGUGCAUGACAUUUCUCAUGUUAUUAUUGAUAAUGUUCAGUUUAUGAUGGGCAUCACUGAUCACCAAAAACACAUUGAUAGGUAUUGGAAACAAGAUAUGAUCAUUGAUGCUUUUAGAUCAUUUGCCACUAAAAAUAAUUGUCAUGUUACUCUUGUUAUUCAUCCAAGAAAAGAGCGCACAGAAGACGAUUUAACGACUGCUUCAAUUUUUGGUGGUGCUAAAGCAAGUCAAGAGGCUGAUAAUAUUCUUAUUGUACAAGAUAAACGGUUAACGAACAUACGCGGCAAAAAAUACUUACAAAUCGCUAAAAAUAGAUACAGUGGUGAUUUAGGAAUUAUGAAUUUAGAUUUUGACAAGUUAAGUUUGAGUUAUCAACAAAAACCUAAAAAAAAUAAAUCACAGGAAUCACUAUCAUCAGAAUAAAUAAAUACGACGAUACUAUAGAUCAAAUA